AUGAAAUGUGAUACUGACGCUAAAGUUUGUUUGGAUCUGUCUCUGGUGGAAAAGCCACUGCAGACUGUCUGUACUUUAACAGGGCCGGGAGUCAGGUUUCCUCUGCGGGCACAACACUGCAGAGAAGAGCAGCGUCCCAUUGACAACACGACAGAAGACAUGUCCCAGUGUCUGUACGAGAGUCUGAGGGCUGUGGGGCUGCAGCAUCACUACAACAGACUGAGCUCUGUGGGAGUGCGCAGCGUGGCCCACCUCACGGUCCUAACCCUGGACGACUUCCCUCUUUUGGGCAUCAAAAGCAUGGAGGACCGCACCAGACUCUUCCAUUUGGUCCGAGAGCUCAGGACUCUGGACGCGGAGACUCUGCUACAGGCCGAGAUCCAAGAGGAUGCCUGUUACGUCCUGCCGUCACCCUCAAACAGCGCUCAAAAACGAAGGAAAACCAACAAACCAACCGUGGAUAAGGAAAAUGUGCAAAAGCAGAAGACACCGGUGUACCAGGCCAAUCUGUCUGAGUACAGCUACGGACUGCCCCAAGCCAGCGCGCCUCCCUCUCCCAGCAAAAGGAGACCAGGUGAACCGCGGAUCUGGGUGUGUGUGAGGAAAAGACCGCUGACCUCUGCAGAGGAGAGGAGAAAGGAGACUGAUGUAGUGACCUCUGCUGGUCAGAGCUGUGUACUGCAGGAGAGCAGAGCAGCAGUGGAUCUGACGCACUAUAAACUGCAGCACAGGUUUUUCUUCGACCAUGUGUUUGGGGAGGCCUGCUCUAAUGAGGAGGUGUACCUGAGGACGGCCCAGCCUUUAGUCCAACACAUGCUCCAGGGGGGCAGUGCCACUUGUUUUGCGUAUGGACAAACAGGAGCAGGGAAGACCCACACCAUGCUAGGCUGCUCCCCAGUUGGACCCAGCCAGUCCAGGGGGCGAGGGGAGCUGGGUCUGUACUCUCUGGCCGUUAAAGACCUGUUCUCUCACCUCUCCUCCUCCCCCGCUCUCACCCGCCUCACUGUAUUCGUCAGCUUCUUUGAGAUCUACUGUGGACAGCUCUACGACCUUCUGGACCACAGAAACAGACUGUUUGCUCGAGAGGACGGCUGUGGGAACGUGCACAUCGCAGGACUGUGUCACAAGAGAGUGGAAUCAGUCGACUCACUGCUGCAGGUGAUCUCUCGGGGCACAGAGCACCGCAGUCAGGGCAGCAGCGGAGUGAACCCUGUGUCGUCUCGCUCUCACGCUCUGCUCCAGAUCCAGCUGAGAGGAGCGGGUCAGAGCGUGCACGGCCGGAUGUGGUUUGUGGAUCUGGCCGGCAGUGAGAGAGCAUCCGACUCCGGAGACCCAGACAGACGCAGCCGUUUAGAAGGAGCGGAGAUCAACCAGAGCCUGCUGGCGUUGAAGGAGUGUAUCCGCUCUCUGGACCAGGAGCAGGGCCACACUCCCUUCAGGCAGAGCAAACUCACUCAGGUGCUGAAAGACUCGUUUGUGGGAGACUCUAUGACUUGUAUGAUUGCAAACAUCUCUCCUGGUCACUCCUCCACAGAGCACACCCUCAACACGCUUCGAUACGCCGACCGUGUGAAAGAGCUGAAAGGGCAGAAGGGGCAGCGUAAAGGCAGACGAGUCAAAAACAUCUCUGAAUCUCCAAAACUCCGAACCCUCUCCCAGAAUCGGAGCAGUGGCACCUUUAGGUCCGGUUUCAGGGACUCCAGCCCCUCUAAGAGAGCCAAGACCAGCUCCACUGUCCUCACUGACCCCUCUCCCGAGGAACAGGAGCCAUCUUCAGUGUCCAAUCUCAAUAUAAUACAAGAAUACGUUGAGGAAUCUGUGUGGGAACCAGAAGAAGGCGCUGACGACUCUUACCUGGACGUGCCCCAAGCCAUAAGCUCCUCUAUGAUUCCGUGGGCCAUACAGUUCCAUUCACAGCGACUUGGAGGGACCACAGCCACAGAACAGUCUGUCUCCCCUGAGAACGCUCUCAUUCUCCACAAGAGUCACAAGAAGAGCACAGCGCCACCACCUGCUCAAGCUGAGAGCAGCAGCACCGACGUCUUGAAGACCCCGAGCUCAUCUGAGGCCUGGACGAGUGGCGCUCACUGGCACAUUGUUCAGGCUCACAUGGAGACUCUCCAACAGAUGCAGCGUUUAUCACACUCAGAGGGAACUCUCCUGGUGCAGCAGCCUGAUAUGGGUUUUGAUGAGUACGUGCAGCAGCUGGAGCAGAUCAUGAGGAGGAAAGCUCUGUGUGUGCGCAGUUUGAUCUCACAUCUGCAGCCGUAUCUGAAAACCACUCUCCAACACAGUGCUGACCGUCUGUGA